UUCAACCUUCGAUUAUAUAUUAUUUAUAUUUAUUUGUUUAUCUCAUGAGUAACUGAAACAUGUACAUUUUAAAACAUAACAUUAUAAAUAAUGUGUAAUGGAGAUUCACUUUCAUGGUCUUGCCAUAACUUGGCUCCAAAAAUACACCAACAUAAUCGAAAUUAAAAAUCAUCAUUUAAACAAUUUUUCGAUUUUAAUUUCUAUAGAAAUUACUCAAAAAUAAAAUCGAAAAUUAAAGCUGAUAGUGGGUGUAAAAUACUUGUUGCUCUUCACCACCAUCAAUAAAUAAAAUUGAAAAAAAAAUAUUUAAAAGACUAAAGUUCAAUAAGAUUCGAAAUGGUUUCUUCUUCUUGUACUGUCAUUCUGUAUAGGUGCCACCAACAUGUUUUGUUUUUAUUAUACCUUUUUCAGUAUCAAGCUGGAAUUGUUGUUCCCCUCUUAUAAAACCAAUGGGGCCCUAUUCCUAUGCAUAUGGAACUUGACUUUUUCUCUCCAGGCCCCACCAUCAUCAUCAUCAUGAUGGGGCCUGCCAACGACAGAAACAAACCCAAGGCUCAGUGUCUGCGCGACUGUUCAACAUCGUGCUGGUACCACACAUUAUACAACUAUACAAAAAAAUUAAUUAAAUAUUUUUUUACUAAAGCUAACUUAAUCUAUUGAUCAUCAUCAUUUUUUUUUUUCUUUUUUAAAUCAUAAUGUUAAUGGAGUAUUAAAAUAUUUUAAGUGUCUUUAUGAGUUGAGUGGUGCUGUCUCAAUUUGUGGUGAAUGUGUCUGACAUAAAUUAAUGGAUAUAAAAAAAUAAAAAUAGUUUUCAAUCAAAUUAUCAUUGGAUAGUUAAAAAAUUAUCAAAUAAAUAAAAAAUAUAUUUCGAAUUGGAUAAGUAAUUAUUACUAAAGAGAAAACAGUUUUUGUUUUUUUUUUAAUUUAAAAAAGUAUCGUGUCUUUUUUUUUUUUUUGGUGGAUAUAUGUACAGUCAACAGUGCAGUUUUGUUUUAUUAAAAUGUUAAACUUCAACUUACACUACCAGUUAUAAAUAUACAUGUUUUAUUUAUUUUAUUUUUCAUGUAUAUAAACUGUCUUCUUGUCUGUGUUAAAGCUGAUCGUGUGGCUUGAAAACUGAUACUGAAUUCAAAUUUUCAUAUUGAAUAACAUGAUAAAUAAUUAAUAAAUAAUAUAAACAAUUAGUUUUAAAAAAAGAGAAAAAAGAAGAGAAUAAAAUAAAUGAAUAAAGGAUGAUCUUUAUGAAUGAGAUAAUUAUCAAAUCGAUAUGUCAAGUUUGGCUAGAAGAAGACAAACAAGUUCAUUGUUUGGAUCAAAACGUUGGUGGUCAACUGGAUGUUGGUCAACAAGAGGACAUCAAGAAGCAUAUUUACGUAAAUUAUAUGGGAGAAAAAAUAUUGAGGGUAGUAUUAACAAUGCACUUGAUGUUAAUGAGGUGACACCAUGGUCAACAAUACCAACAACAACAGGAACAACUGGAGCAACAGGAACAUUACAAGUUUAUGAUAAUGAUAAUUAUUUAGAUGAUUUAUUUAAAAAUAAACAUGUCAAUGAUAUUAAUGAUGGAAGACCAGCAUUACCAAGUCCAAGUCCGACGGAAAAAUGUGUUGAAUUUCUUACUGGUUCACGUGUUUGUAAUAAUUAUUUAGCUCCACAUAAAAAUAAACAUGAUGAUGAUUUAUAUAAUUGCAAUAAUAAAAUACGUGGAUGUAAAAAUUCCAUUGAAAUAACUGAACAAAAUUUGGAUAGUAUAUUACAAUCAAAUUAUCGUGAUGAAAAGGUGUGCAGAAGUUGCAGGUGUCCUCGUGAAGAUCAUCAUCGUCCGAGCAUCGAGGCACCUGGAACUUCAAGUCUCGGUAUAUCAUCAACAUCAUCAAUGGCAAUGGCAAUGACAUAUCAAAGUUCAACAAUACAAAAUACUGAUAAUGUUGGUAUACCACAUCAAGAAACAUACAAAAUUCCAGUUCAACAACAACACCAACAACAUCAACAACAACAACAACAACAGCAACAAGUACAAAUGCAAGAACCAAUUGUUCAUCAUCAACGUUUAUCACAAAGUGAUGAUGACAGUGGUUGUGCACUUGAAGAAUAUACAUGGGUACCACCAGGACUAAGACCUGAUCAGGUUCACCUGUAUUUUAGUUCACUUCCUGAGGAUAAAAUUCCAUAUGUUGGAAGUGCAGGUGAAAGAGAAAGAGUUAAACAAUUAUUGCAACAAUUACCACCACAUGAUAAUGAGGCAAGAUAUUGUAGUGGACUUGCUGAAGAAGAAAAACGUGAGUUACGUGUAUUUGCUGCACAACGUAAACGUGAAGCACUUGGUAGAGGACAUGCAAUACAAAUUGAACGUCAAAAUAAUAGUGGUUGUCGUGAAUGUAAUAGACAAAUAUUAAUUGGUGAAAUAUCAAUAAGUGCUAGUAGAGCUGGUACAACAUCACAAUGGCAUCCAUCAUGUUUUGUAUGUUGUAUUUGUCGUCAAUUAUUAGUUGAUCUUAUUUAUUUUUGGCGUGAUGGAAGAUUAUAUUGUGGUAGACAUCAUGCUGAAACACUUAAACCAAGAUGUUGUGCAUGUGAUGAAAUUAUACUUGCUGAUGAAUGCACUGAAGCUGAGGGUAGAGCUUGGCAUAUGAGACAUUUUGCUUGUUUGGAAUGCGAUCGACAGCUUGGUGGUCAACGUUAUGUUAUGCGUGAAGGACGUCCAUAUUGUUUGCAUUGUUUUGAUGCAUCAUUUGCUGAAUAUUGUGAUAGUUGUGGUGAGCCAAUUGGUGUUGAUCAGGGUCAAAUGUCACACGAAGGACAACACUGGCAUGCAACUGAAAAUUGUUUUGCUUGUGCCACCUGUCGUACAUCACUUCUUGGUCGUCCUUUUUUACCAAGACGUGGUGCUAUUUAUUGUAGUAUUGCAUGUAGUAAAGGUGAGCCACCAACAACACCAAGUGAUUCAUCAGCUGGUCCACCACCACCAUCAUUUCCCAGACAAAAUAGGAAAAUGAUGACAACUAGUGAAGGAUCAUCAAGUCCACCACUUUCAUUGAAACAUCAUACACUUAAUCCACCAUUAUCAGCAAGAAAUUCACCACGUAUGACGAGAAAACAUCAUCAAGUAUCUGUUUCAUUAGCAACAACACCAACACAAAUUAAUACAGGCAUUGAUUUUGGUAGUGAUAAUUUAAAUAAUUGUGGAUCACGUGGUACUGGAUUAGAUCGUGUUAUUCUUGAGCGUAAUCUUGAAAGAUUAUUGCAAGAAAAAAAUACACAUCCGGAGGAAACACCAACUGAACUUGGAAGAUUAAUGCAAGCAAGAGAUCGUGAGCCUUUGCGUUGUAUACAAAAUAAUACACCAACACACGCAUCAAGUAUGCCUGAACUACCACCACCACCACCACCGCCACCAUUAACAUCAACAACAUUAUUAUCAAGUCCUCCAACAACACCACCACCUCCACCACCUCCUCCGCCUCCUCCACCACCACCAUUACCACCGCCACUAUCACAACAAUCUGUACCAAAUGACAUGACAACUGAUACAACUGAUUUAUGUUGUAACUUAACAUUGAAUGAUCCACCAACACCAACAUCAAGACGUGUUAGAUUUCAAUCAGAUGAAACAACACAUGCCAUAUCAUCAUCAACAAAUCCAAUGCCAUCGUCAUUGUUAAAUACAAUUGAAUCACCAUCUACAUCAAGUAGAUCUCAUGUACCAAGAUCACGUAGUUUACAACCAGAAGAAGUUGCCAGUACUUCUUGGGGAAGUCAUUCAAGAAGUAGACAUGAUGAUGAAGAAAGUUGCUGUUCAACUUGUAGUUCAUCAAGUAGUUCAGAUGAAGCUGCUGCUUAUUCAUUACCACCAAGACGAGCAUAUGGAGGUGUUAGAAUAUCUUAUGUACCUAAUGAUGCUGUUGCAUGUGCUAAAAAACGUGGUGCAACAACACCAUCAUCAUCAUCACAAAAAGAUAAUGAAAAAUGUGUUAUAUCUUGAUCGUUUAUUUAAUUAUAUAUCAUAAUGUUUAUUAUUAUUAAUUUUAAAUAAAUAUUGUACAUAUCUUGAUGAUAUUUUAAAUAUUUCAUAUUUGUCGUAUUAAUAGAAAACUUUUUAAUUUAAAUAAUUAAUAAUUGUAUAUAUUUAUUACGAACAAUGAGUUCAAAGACUUGAUAAUGUAUUAAAAAAAUUUGCUACUA